GUUCGAGCUUGGAAGGUGUAGUCCCUUCCCUUGUCUUGACCGAGAGAGCUUGCACUAAUCCUCUCUCUCUCUCUCUCUCCACUUCUUUCCACCUUACAGACAAUUUCCUAGAGAGAGAGAGAGAGAGAUCUAAUGGAAUACGAGAGGAUACACAAAGUCCAGACUGGUAUAAUCUCUCCAAGUAAGUUGAGGAUGAAGCUGAUAGGGCCCCACCACCACAAGAAGAAGGAUGGAUCCAACAGCAACUCUGCAAGAACUUCUCCUUCCAAGCUUGAGGAUUCUGAGUUUGUCAAGAACAGCUUGUUGGCCUCCACAAAUCCCGACUUCGGCGAGGAAGCUCCAACUGUCGAAGUCAAGCCAGUCAAAGUGCCUGAUGAAUCGGUUCCAGGUCCUGCCCAACAUGAUCAACUUCCUGUCUUCACCAAAGACUCAACCCCGAGGGAAAUUGAGCAUCUUCCCCGUGUUAGGAUGCACCAAUUCCCUAAGGGAGAUGGCAGCAGCACGAUUCACCCUCUAAGAAUAAUGGAGGAUGAAAAUCUUGAUUAUGAUAGCAAUGCGAGCUCGUCGAGCUUUGAGUUUCACAAGGCUGAGAGAGCUGCAGGGCCUUAUGGGGGGUCAAGAUCGCUUUCUAGGCCCAUGCCUUCUAAGUGGAAUGAUGCUGAGAAGUGGAUAAUGAGCAAGCAACAUUAUUCGCAGCCAAACGGUAACUAUCCGAGAAAGAAUGUCUUGCAGAACCAGACUAACCGCUUGCCUCCGAAUCAUAAUAUGGGUCGGGUUGCUCCUGAGUUUACUGGUUACAAUCAUAAGCUGCCAAUUGAUAUUAGAGCUGCUGUGGACACGAAGAGGGUUGACUUUUGUAAACCUGUGCCAAACAUGGGAGUUGAGAGGUUCUCUUUUGCCCCUGAGGUUCAAGUUUGUGGAGGGAAUGGGAAUGCGGCAAUGAGUUCUGAGAGUAAGGAUCUGAACGUUGUGGUUCUUGCAGACCAACCCUGUAUUGAAAACCCAAUGGAGGAAACUUCAGGCAUCCUUACUGUGAGAGAAGUCUCUAUGCGGGACAUGGGAACUGAAAUGACACCUGGGGCCAGUCAAGAGCCCUCGAGGACCUCAACUCCAAUCGGGUCCGUGACCCCUUUUAGAAGUCCAACUUCCUCAGUUCCGUCCACUCCGAGGAGAAAUGAGCCCGCUCCCACACCAUUGGAUCCCAGUGCAGAUGAUGAAUCGCACCAUCCGAUAGGAUGCAAAAAGAGGGAGCUGUCAGAGGAAGAGAUGAAGCUCAAGACAAGGCGAGAGAUUGUGGCCCUCGGAGUCCAACUGGGAAAGAUGAAUAUCGCUGCUUGGGCAAGUAAGGAUGAGCCCGAGAAGAACAAAGCUUCUUCAGGUGAAGGUGUGACCCCUGAAGAACUUGAGCGGAUCGAGUUCGAGAAGCGGGCAGCAGCAUGGGAGGAGGUAGAGAAGUCUAAGCACACAGCUAGGUUCAAACGAGAGGAGAUCAAAAUUCAAGUGUGGGAAAGUCAGCAGAAGGCAAAAUUAGAAGCAGAAUUGCGGAGAAUAGAGGGACGUUUUCAGGCACAGGUCGACCAAAUGAGAGCCCAAGCCCAGGCAAAGAUGGUGAGAAAGAUUGCCAUGUCUAGGCAGAGGUCGGAAGAGAAAAGGGCUGCUGCUGAAGCCCGAAGAAACCGGGAAGCCGAAAGGACUGCAGCCCAAGCAGAGUAUAUUCGUCAGACGGGAAAACUCCCAUCAUCACAGUACAUCUGCUGUGGCUGGUUCUCUUAGAAAAGAAUGUGAAUGCAACAUAAGAACCUAAAGAGGAACGAAGCCGACAUAUCAAAUCAAAUUCGGUUUUAGUACAGUUCACAAAACCAAGGGUAUCCUGAAAAAGGUUUGUUCUCUUGUAUCUGGAAAGCCAGUGCUCCUCUAGUUUAGCAAAUGGGUGAGUUGUAUAUGUGGAUUGGUUUGUGGGUUCAGCGGAGUGCUGGAUCGGUUUUGGAUGCUUGUAGGCGUCAAAUUGCUGAUUGUAGAGUCUGAAUGUUUUUGAAACCAGUGGUCCGUAUACAAAUAGAUACCUGGAAUCUUCCUUCUGCUUUCUUCACGGUCUGUUUCGAGUUGUAUUCCUUCACUUCCGCCGCCCUUCUAGAGUUCUGUUGAAUCCAUGAAUCAGUGAACUUUAGGUC